UAUAAUUAUAGACAUCUGUGUAGAAUUUAUUGUAUAUAUUUCAGAAAUAUAUCAACAUGGCAAGGAAAAAUAGAGCAAAAAGAACACAAGACAAAAAACGGAAGCAGCAAUUUAGAGAGAAGAUUUCUUCAUCUUAUGUCUACUUUCCUGUAAAUACAGUAUGGAAGGAACGUGUACAGCUACUAUUAAACCUAAAACCUACAAAAACACAGAAUAAUAAUCAAACAACAGAUGUUUUAUCUUUACAACUAUCUAGACCAGCUACAUAUCAAACCAUUACUGGUGAUGGCAACUGCUUCUUUGCAGCAUUGUCAUAUAUAAUUUGUGGUCAUCAGACAUUUCAUGAUAUAAUUAGACAUAAAAUUUGUAAUCAUUUUAUACAAAAUCAAAACGACUUAAAAUGUUAUUUACCUCCAGAGUAUAAAGGAAAUGCUAAUACCUAUUUACUAAAAACUGGAAUGAGAGAAAAUGGAACCUGGGCAACAGAGGUUGAAAUUUUUACAGCCAGCCAUUUACUUCAAACGGAUAUUUACACCUAUACAAAGUCUGGAGUACAUUGGGUUUGGCUCAAGCACAAAACAAUAACUUUAUCUGACAAUAGAGGAAUAUAUCUUUAUCACAAAAAUCAAAAUCAUUAUGAUGUUGUUCUUACCACCACUACUCAACCUGUUUUGCAGAAUUUUUCAUCAAGUUUACAAACAUAUUUGUGUGAUCAGCUGAAGAAAGGAACUCAAAAGAUGAGAGAUGUUGAAGACAAGGAGAAAGCUAGAAAAAAAUGCACCACAAACCAACAGAAUAUGGAAAAUAAGAAAAUCAAAGCAAUUAAGAACAAACUACACAAGGAAAAGAAAAACAGGAAUGAGAGAUUAAGAUAUAGCAUAGACAAAGUGUAUAUGGAAAAUAAAAAGAAGAGUGAUAAUUUAAGAUAUAACACAGACAAAGCCUACAUGGAAAACAAAAAAGAGUGUCACAGAAUAAGUUACAAAACAAACAAAGUGUAUAGAGAACAAAAAAAGAAGAGUGAUAAUUUAAGAUAUAACACAGACAAAGCCUACAUGGAAAACAAAAAAGAGUGUCACAGAAUAAGUUACAAAACAAACAAAGUGUAUAGAGAACAAAAAAAGAAGAGUGAUAAUUUAAGAUAUAACACAGACAAAGCCUACAUGGAAAACAAAAAAGAGUGUCACAGAAUAAGUUACAAAACAAACAAAGUGUAUAGAGAACAAAAAUAGAAGAGUGAUAAUUUAAGAUAUGACACAGACAAAGCCUACAUGGAAAACUAAAAAGAGUGUCACAGAAUAAGUUACAAAACAAACAAAGUGUAUAGAGAACGAAAAAAGAAGAGUGAUAAUUUAAGAUAUAACACUGACAAAGCCUACAUGGAAAACAAAAAAGAGUGUCACAGAAUAAGUUACAAAACAAACAAAGUGUAUAGAGAACAAAAAAAGAAGAGUGAUAAUUUAAGAUAUAACACAGACAAAGUGUACAGAGAAAACAAAAAGAAGUGUCACAGAAUAAGAUACAAGACAAAUUUGAAUUACAAACAAUUUAAACAGGUGUCUUCCAUAAUGAAAUAUGCAAACAACUCGGUGUUUAGAAGCAAGGUGAAAGUAUUUUCUAAGACAAAGUACAGAACUAAUACUGAUUUUCAAAUCAGACUUAAAUCACAAUCUUCCAAGAAGUACAAGAACAAUGCAGUAUUCAGACAGAAAGUCAAAUCUGCUUCAAAGACCAAUUAUCAGCGGUAUGAAUCUUUAAGAAACAAGUUGAAGGCUUCAUCUAUAAAGAGAUAUUCAUCAGACCCACUGUUUAGAAGUAAACUAAAAACAUUUUUAAAAAUCAAAUAUCACAGUGACAUAUCUUUGAGAGAAAAAAAGAUAUCAAAUAGAAAGUCUAUUCAGAAAGCAAUUGAGCAAUUUAAAAAAAGCAUACAAGACCUUCCAGUAUAUGUCUGCACAGUGUGCAUAAGAUCUUUGUACAAAAGUCAGGUAAAGAAAUGUAACAGAUCGAAGUAUUUAAAUGAAAAAGCAAACGAAUGUUUAACUGGAAAAUUUGUUCAUACUUGUGAUGAACAUUGUAAAGCAAAAUGUGAAAAGGCAAAGGAAUGGAUAUGCUUUACAUGCGACCGACAUUUAUCUUCAAACAAUAUGCCACCACAGGCACAAGCAAAUGGCCUUAAUCUAGAACCUAUUCCCCCUAAACUGAAGAAAUUAAAUGAUCUUGAAAAGCAACUUGUUGCAUUACGUAUUCCAUUCAUGAAGGUUCUUUGUUUACCAAAAGGCGGUCAAAGUGGAGUGAAAGGACCUUGUAUCAAUGUACCAUGUGACUUAAACAGUGUAACGGCAACGUUGCCUAGACCAAUAAAUGAUGCACAGUUGAUAAAAGUAAAACUAAAACGUAAAAUUGAAUAUAAAGGCUACCACAAGUUCGAAUGGAUUAAUCCAUCUAAUGUGCAGGAAGCAGUUCAGUUCCUUAUAA